CUCCCUUCAAAGGAUUACAGCACUUGUUAAGUCCUCUUGAGAUGAAAAAGAAGAAACUCGUCAGUGUCAAAGUUGAAAAGACUGGCCCCUCAUCUAGCAUAUCCCCAAACACCCCACCUCGCCUUAUGAUGGCGCCUCAAGGAGUUGAGGAAUUCCUCGCGUCUCUUAAAGAGUACCACAAUAGUGAUGCGCUCUCGGACGUUAUUGUUACCUGCGACGGUCAAGAGUUCAAGGCUCACCGGGUCAUCUUGUCUGCCCACUCGAAAUGCUUCGCCAAGGCGCUGAAUGGCGACUGGAAGGAGAGUUCCGAGAGAAAGAUCGACAUCAAAGAUUUCGACCCAAGUGUCGUUGAAGCAAUGCUCCGAUUUAUCUAUUCAUUCGAGUACAGCAACACUUAUGGGACUUCCUCCAUGGUCUUUGACGCCCAGAUGUGGCAGAUUGCCGACAAGUACGAUAUUCCUGCACUCAUGGCGGAGUCAAAGAAGAAGUUCGAGAUUGCGGUAACCACUGGAUGGAGCAUGGAUGACUUCCCAAUGGCUGUUACUAUUGUCUAUGACUCGGCCCUCCCAGGACUUCGUGAUAUUGUCGUGGAAAUUGCCAGUAAUAACAUUGACAGGUUGAUCGGCAAGGAUGGCUUUUGUGAACUCAUGAGGGCGACGCCCCAUUUCACAGCCGAUCUUAUCCCUUGUCUUUGUGGCAAGUCGUCGGGAUCAGUGCACCAGUACAAGUGCCCGUCAUGCAGCAAUAGAUUCUGGGGAGAAUUCUCGGGCGGGUCGUACUAUUGUCCGUGCUGCUCUAACCGCCGUUCAGAUUGGGAUUUCUACCAGGUUAAAUAAAGCUCUAUGGAUCUUAUCAUGAACGAAAAGAUGUAGACAAAGCAUAGCCGAAUCUAGAACAACUG